CUCCGCUGGCGCACUGCUCUAGAGAAAUAAUCAUAUGCGGUUGUUCGUUAGACGUUGGAAAUAGAAGCGGAGAUGGCCGCGAACCGGGUCGGGAGACGAUAUAAUAACAAAGUUCACUCACCGAGUAGAGGUGCUGGCCGGGACCCGGGACUAAGCGUACAGAAGAGACAAGCCCGCGUAACGGUAAAAUAUAACAGGAAAGAACUUCAGAGGCGCCUGGAUGUGGAGAAGUGGAUAGAUGCGGGUCUAGACGAACUCUAUUUAGGAAGGGAGGAGCACAUGCCAGAGGAGGUGAACAUUGACGAUUUGCUGGACCUGCCAAGUGACGAGGAGAGGACAAAGAGGCUGCAGGAUAUCCUCCAUACCUGUACCAACAGCACGGAGGCGUUCAUUAAGGAGUUGGUGUUGAAGCUUCACGGGCUGCAGAAACAAGAGGACCUCCACAAUGAUGGCAUUGAGCACGCUCAGCUCCACAUCUUCCCCAACCACCAGGGCUCCCCUGACACUGAAAUACAUUGAGAGAGGGAGAGCACCCCCUGCUGACAUGGACCAUGCUGGUCCUGCUUAAACCCACUACUGAGAAUCUUCAGUAUUUCAACAUUAACUGAAAUGCAUGCGGAGCAUCCAGAGAGAACUGCUGCAGUAUUCAGCAUGUAAAAUAUAUAAGAACAGCCCCCAGCCACGCAGACACACACCUACCUACUGACUUUUAGACUGAUUCUUAAUACCCGAUUUUAAAUGCCAAACCAGUUUAGAUGCAUGAACUGCAGUUUUGGGCUGUUUCCCUGCAGUGUCAGAAGCUUUCACCCACUUUCUUUAUGUGGUGGUGUUUCACACCCAGUGGUGUCUGUGAUGGAGGAGCCCUGGUUUGGAGACUCAGGCCAUACUGAUGGUACAGGCCACAAAGGGUCCGGUACCGUUUUUAGCUUCACAACCGAAACACAGUCUGUAAGGAAGGAAGUCUCAGUGUUCACCUGAGUCCAGUUUUCACCAGAAUUUCCACAUUCAGCCAUAGAAACAUUUUAUGUCUACAUAUCUGUUAGCCGUUUUUAUUAUUUUGUCAGGCAUAAAGCACAAUGUUUACCUGCUAUUAGAAUCUUCGAAUAGCUUUUCCUCAUAAGGCAAAAAAGUGUUUUGGUUGAAUCAAUAUAUUCCCUUUCUAUAUAUAUAUUCCAUUUCUAUGUUCUAUUGAGAGAAAUGUGUUCAACCUUGUGUCAGUCUUCAUUUUAUUGCGCUGAUAAACAUGUAGAGCAUAUUCUGCCCUUUAUUUGUUUAUUUUAACAAAUAGGUCAGACAAAGGUUUAAUUUUUUAAUGAAGCCAUGCACUGAAGCCAAGUAUGCAUGUAUAUGUUUGAAAGUACUGCAGAAUAUCCCAUCGCUCAAGGGGCAGAAAUACUCAGCUGACCCUCCUAAACAGACUUCAUAUGAAAGAAUUUUAAAAACCAUGAAACUCUAGUAUGCCAUUUUUUAAUUUUAUAGCUUAAGGUAAAAAGUUAGUUAAGCAGCCAUCAAUAACCAAACAUGCCCGUUAUUCUAGCAUGUGGUGUAAUGUCCUCAGGGCUUUUUCUACCCACGUUAUUAACCAACCAUUUUGCCUUUUUUUAAUUGUAAAUUUGAUAUGUGUCUAUUUGUUGCAAGACGUUGUCCCUGUUUCAAAUAAAGACUUAAAAUCUUGGUUUC